AUCUAGCCACGAAAUUAAUUCUAAUAAUUAUAUAUUUUAAGUUAAAUUAUUCAAACUGGCAUCGAGAAGAAUACUGUUUGUGGGUUACCACAACUUCUCACCGACCGUGGCAUAUCGGGCUAGCUGCAAUAGGUUAUGUUUCGUCCCAUCUAACUAGUAUCGGUUUACACGCUUAUUUCAGUAAAAUUGUACGUUAUUAACCACAUGUAGCUCAUAGUUCUCACUAAAAAGUCCUUUUAAACGCCUCCGUUGUUUGUGUGUUAUUGUAUUACUUAGUUAGCGAAGUUUUUUCUUAAUACUUAAUUCAGCUACGCUUUGGUGUCCCGGCGCCAUCAUUCUAACAUGACGUCGGCACAGUGCGCGCCGCGGCACCCUCCGGGGCGGCACGGGAGCCCUGGAGGCAGCCCGGGUAGUCCGGGGACGAUGGGCCCUGCGGUCACGAAGCGAUAUGAUAAUAUAGUAAAGUCGCAGGAAGAUAAGAGAGAGUACAGAGGCCUGGAGCUGUCUAAUCGGCUAAAGGUCCUCCUGGUGAGUGACCCCACCACCGAUAAAUCUGCCGCCGCACUCGACGUUAAUGUUGGUUAUUUGAGCGACCCGGAAGAAUUGCCAGGCCUAGCUCAUUUUUGUGAGCACAUGCUGUUUUUAGGAACCGAAAAAUAUCCAGAGGAAAAUGAGUACAAUAAGUUUCUAUCUGAGCACGGCGGUUCGUCCAACGCGUCUACCUCGUCCGACCACACUACUUACUAUUUUGACGUGCUGCCCGACCAUUUGGGGAAAUCCUUGGACAUUUUCGCUCAAUUCUUCAUCGCCCCACUCUUCACCGAGUCAGCGACGGGCCGAGAGCUGAGCGCCGUCAAUUCUGAGCAUGAGAAAAAUACGUCUUCAGAUACGUGGCGACUUGAUCAGCUGAACAAGAGUACCGCUGAUAAAAAACAUCCGUACCACAAGUUUGGAACUGGUAACAGAGAAACUCUAGAAACCACUCCAAAGGCGAAAGGGAUAGACGUUCGCAAGGAGCUCCUCAAGUUUCACGACACCUGGUAUUCUGCCAACAUCAUGACGCUCGCUGUUAUCGGGAAAGAAUCUCUAGACGAGCUGGAAGCGAUGGUGGUCCCUCUAUUCUCGGAGGUAGCAGACACUUCUGUGGAGGCGCCCUCGUGGCCGGACCACCCUUUUCCCCCGGAGCUCAGGCGCAAGCGAGCCUACUGUCUGCCGGUCAAGGACCUCAGGUCACUGUCUAUCGACUUCCCUAUACCGGACACUAGAAAGCAUUAUAAGAGUGGGCCAGGCCACUACCUCUCCCAUCUACUCGGCCACGAGGGACCCGGCAGCUUGCUCUCUGAACUGAAAGCCAGAGGAUGGUGCAACAGUCUGGUGGGUGGCACUCGGAUCGGCGCCCGCGGCUUCGGUUUCUUCGGCGUGCAAGUGGAUCUGACCGAGGAAGGCGUUGAGCAUAUUGACGACAUCGUCGCUUUGGUGUUUCAGUACAUAGCCAUGCUUCGUGAAGUAAAACCUCAACGAUGGGUGUGGGAGGAGCAAAGAGAUCUGAUGGCCAUGGAGUUCCGAUUCAAAGACGCUCAGGAACCAAGGUCUUUGGUCACCUCUCACGUAGGACUAUUACACGAAUUCCCAAUAGAGGACGUACUGAGCGCGUAUUACCUGCUAACUGAAUGGAAGCCGGAAUUGGUGGACGAGUUGUUGGCCAUGCUGACGGCCGAAAACGUGCGUGUCGGUAUCGUGGCCAAGGUGUUCGCAGACAAGUGCACGCAAGUGGAACCCUGGUACGGCACCAAAUAUCUUCAGGAAGAGAUUGACCCUAAAAAAAUCAAGGAGUGGAACUCGAUGAAACCGAUCCCCGCAUUACACCUGCCGCCCGCCAACGAGUUCAUCCCGUCAAGGUUGGAACUGGAGACAGAGAAGGACCCUACUUGCGACGCCAUUGCGCCCGCGAUGGUCAGGGAUUCCACGCUGAUGAGACUGUGGUUCAAACAGGACAAUGAAUUCCGACUGCCCAAAGCGUUCCUGACAUUUGACUUAGUCAGCCCACUCGCCUACCAAGACCCUGCCAACUGCAACCUGACUUCUCUAUGGGUGCUCGUCUUUCGCGACAGCCUACAACAGUUCGCUUAUUCGGCGGAGCUGGCCGGACUUCGGUGGAGCAUCGGGAACGCCAAGUAUGGCGUCAGCAUAACAGUGGACGGGUACGACGAUAAACAGCACGUGCUCCUAGAGAAGAUCAUAGACGGCAUCGUGAACUUCAAGGUGGACCCGCAGCGGUUCGCCAUUAUGAAGGAGAACCACAUUCGCGGCAUCAGGAACUUCGAGGCCGAGCAACCUUAUCAGCACGCAGUAUACCAACAAGCUCUCUGUUUAUCCGACCUGGUGUGGACAAGGUGUCAACUUUUGGAGGCGGCCGAGAAACUAACGCCGGAAAUGCUGGAUGACUUCGCAGCCCGUUUUAUCAGGAAAGUCCACAUCGAAGGUCUCAUGUUUGGCAACCUCACGAGAGAGAAGGCACUUAAGAUCGCAAACAUGGUUGAAGGAAAAAUACCCAAAGAUGCCUCACCGCUCUUAUCGCAGCAACUUUUACUGUACAGAGAAGUGGAAAUAGAAAAAGGAGCGCACUACUUGCGGGAGAAAGAGAACGCAGUACACAAAUCAUCGUGCGCCUCUCUCUACUACGCUUGCGGCGUGCGCGCGACGAGACCAAACGUUGUGCUAGAAUUGUUAGCACAGACCCUCUCUGAGCCGUGCUUCAAUGUUCUUAGGACUAAGGAGCAACUGGGCUACAUCGUAUUCAGCGGUGUACGGCGCUCCAACGGGGUCCAAGGGCUACGGGUUAUCAUACAGAGCGACCGACACCCUGCUUACUUGGAGCAAAGGAUAGAAUCCUUCCUUAAGGAGCACAAGGAUUACUUAGAAGCUAUGCCAGAGGAGGAGUUCAUUAAGCACCGAGCGGCGCUAGCGGCGCAGCGACUCGAGCGCCCCAAGCGGAUGUCUACUAAAGCCUCGCAGAUAUGGAGCGAGAUCAGUGCACAGGUUUACAACUUCGACCGGCCACGGGUGGAGGUGGAAGUCCUAAACACUGUCACGAAGGAGGAACUAAUACAAUUCUACAAGAAACACAUAGGCGAUACGUCGGAGGACCGACAAAAGUUGUCUGUGUACAUCGUGUCGACGGCAGAGGGCGGUGCCGGCGCCAACGGCGAGAAAAAGGAUGAAGAGAAAACUGAAGACAAGCCCACCGUAAUUUCGGACCUCGUGGAGUUCAAGUCAAGAAGACGUCUCUACGCCCACCCCGUACCAUUCACCAACAUUCCAAGGAAAGGCGCGCAAUGCAAGCUGUAACCUCUAUCUCUGUCUCUCUAACACAUAGGUAUUAGGUACUAGAUGGCCAACCAAAUCAAGACACUAAAAAACCGGCCAAGAGCGUAUCGGGCCACGCUCAGUGUAAGGGUUCCGUAGUUUCCCGUAUUU